AAACACACCGGGACUCACGAGCUCAGCACGGCCGACACACGGACGCCUCAGCCCGGUCUCAGCGCUCUGACAAAACCCGACCAAUAGAAUCGAUCGGUUCUGAUGUCCAUCGAUUUAGAGGCUGCGCGUGGCCUACGGCGGGAUCAAAGACACCGGAGCAGCGGGUGAUGACGUCAGCCUGUGAGAGCGCCGAGCCUCCGCUCGUGAGCUGAUCGAUCAUUUAUCAGAGGUCAGAACCUGGUUCCUGUUUCUGUCCCAGAGUCCUGGUGCUCCCUGCAGUCCCAGGACUCCCAGAGUUCCAGUGGUCCUGGGACGAGUGAAGCCAGAUUCCUAACACUCCCAGUGCUCCCUGUGGUUCCUGAGACUCCCAGUGUCCAAGCACUUCCUGCAAUCCCAGGACUUCCAGAAUCCCUGCAGCCCUGGGACUCCCAGUGUCCGAGUGAACCCUGAGUUCCUGCAUUCCCAGGACUCCGAGAGUUCUCCAUUCCCAGGACUCUUAGAGUUCCUGCAGUCCCUGGACUCCCAGAGUCCUAACGCUCCAAGUGCCCUAACCCUAGCCCUAAUCCCAGGGAGGAUGCUUCCUGCCUCCAUCCAGAUCACAGGGGAGAUGCUGUCGGCGGCUGAGGUCCAGGACAUCUGUGAGAGUCUGAAGGAGGACGGUGUGAGGCUGCUGUCGGUUCGCGGCUGCCAGCUCUCUGACCGCGACUUUGGACGCAUCUGCCGUAGUGUCGCCGAGUCUCACUCACUCGCUCAGCUCAACCUGAAUCUGGGCGUUGUUUCAUGCAUUAACCGGACUCGUCAGCUGGCUGACGCCCUGAAGGGCAACCGAUCCCUGCAGACCCUGUUUCUCCAUGGCUGCCCACUGCUGGACGCAGGUCUGGUGACCCUGAAUGUGGCACUGUCGACACACCCGGCACUGGUGAGCCUGGAUCUGGGAGACUGCAUGCUGGGAGACGAGGCGUUGGCUCUAAUCUGUGGGAUGCUGCCACCCGAUGGAGCAAAAUCAGGUCUCAGGGAGCUAACGCUAAGUGCUAACCCAGGAAUCAGUUUCAAAGGUUGGUCUCGACUCAGCAUCGCUGUGGCUCACAGUUCCCAGCUCAGAGUGCUCAACCUGGACUACAACCCACUGGGUGACCAGAUUGCUGGGAUGUUGGCUGUUGCCGUGGCAUCCAGCAGAACCCUGGAGGUGUUGGACCUGGAGGGAACCGGACUGUCGAACCAGUCAGCACAGGUCUUCCUGGACAUGGUAGAAAACUACCCGACCAGUCUGCGGGUUCUGGUUCUGGCGGAAAACAACAUCAGUCCCGAGCUGCAGCAGCAGAUCUGUGACCUGCUGUCUGAAGGAGAGGAGGACGACAGAGAAGCCCCACCCCUCCGCACAGGUCCAACCUCCAGGAGUGUCCUGGUGCCAAUCAGAGACAAGUACCAACCAAUCAGUGACAAGUACCAGCCCCCCACCUGGCUACCACACAGCAACUCCGCCCCUCAGACACUCAUGCUGACGUCAGGUCUAGGUGAGAGCUUAUUGGCUGAGACUGAGAUGUGACCCCUCCUCCUCCUCACACACCCACUCCCUCUUUUCCACAGAAUUUAAAUUUUAUUUUAUUUAUUUAAACUUGAAAGUUUGUCUCUUCACUGGUCACCUGAUCAUAAGCAGCCAAUCACAUGCUUCUGCAUGGUUUGUUGUAGCACCUGUAAAAAAAAAACAACCUCAACUCACAAGUGACUUAAGGACUGCUGUCUGCUCAGGCUCCGCCCACAGCAGGUCAGCCGAUGCAUUACUCCUCGCAGGUGGGCAUGUCCUCUGUUGGGAGAUAUUUACUGAGAUUCACCAAUCAGAGGGUAAUUAGAGCUGGUGGGCGGAGCCUGACCAGACUGUGUAGCCUGUUUCUGAUGAAUGUAUCUUUGUUUGUUUGUUUGUCUCAAUAAAACUGUUUACAAUGA